CGGCAACCACACCUUCUCCCUUCUUCGUCUCCGUCUCUCCCAGCCGGCCAGCCCCAUAUCAUGGGGGACGCUCCCUCGCCAUUCUCCAUCCGAACAACCUUCAAAGAUCUAAUAAAACCCAUAGAAACUUCUCUCGUUUCUCUCUCCUUGGCCCCGGGUAGCGAACCCUUAUCAGUCGCUCUCGUUGGCUCGGAGCAGCGAUGCGCACCGCCUGCCUCCGCCCCACCCCCGCCAUUGGUAUAAAAGCCUCCCCUCCGCCUCCCUCCUUCCGCCACUGCUAGGUCCACCCACACCCGCGCUCGCCCCGGCCACCGCCGCCGCACUCUCACGGUCCCACCUCUCUGUGGCAUGAGAAGAUGGUCGCGUGCUCCAGGGGACUCGCGUGGCCGCCGUUCGAUCUGACCACGGCGAGGGGGGCGGCGUCCUGGCCGCGCCGGCGUGCCGCGAUCCGGUGCUGCUGCGCCGGAGCAGACGCACAGCCGCAGAGGCGACUCUCGAGGGCGGCCGCGGUCGCGCCCGAGCGCGCCGAGGAGUGGCGCAUCGAUGGGAACAAGCCGUCCGCCGCGGCACCGGGACGGCGGCGCACCAGCCUCACCGCCAUGCCCCCGCUCCCCUUCCCUGCACCUCGCUCUAGAAGACAGGUCAAGCAACCGGACUUCUACCCGCGGUGCACUCCGAGGGGGUCGGCUCCUCAAUCCCGUGAUACCCCGCCCAAGAGAGACACUGGUAUUGCUAGUGAGAAGGAAUGGGGAAUCAACUUGCUGGACGAAGCCGUCAAGGAGUCUGGAAUAAAUGAAGAUGGAAGCACUUGGUACAGGGAGAGUGGAGAUGAUAUUGGCGAGAACGGGUACCGCUGCCGCUGGGCAAGAAUGGGAGGACAGAGCCAUGAUGGUUCCACCGAAUGGAAAGAGACUUGGUGGGAGAAAAGUGACUGGACUGGAUAUAAGGAAUUAGGUGCGGAGAAAUCUGGGAGGAAUGCUGAAGGAGAUUCUUGGUGGGAGAAAUGGAAAGAAGUUCUGUACCAAGACGAAUGGAGCAAUCUUGCAAGAAUAGAGAGAAGUGCUGAGAAACAAGCAAAAUCAGGCAUAGAAAAUGCUGGGUGGUACGAGAAAUGGUGGGAGAAAUAUGAUGCCAAAGGUUGGACAGAAAAAGGUGCUCACAAAUAUGGAAGAUUGAAUGAGCAGUCCUGGUGGGAGAGAUGGGGUGAACAUUAUGAUGGCCGUGGAUUUGUUUUGAAAUGGACAGAUAAGUGGGCAGAGACAGACUUAGGCACCAAAUGGGGGGACAAGUGGGAGGAGAAAUUCUUUGCAGGAAUUGGUUCUCGACAAGGGGAGACAUGGCAUGUAUGUCCUGGCGGUGAACGUUGGUCAAGAACCUGGGGAGAAGAACACUUUGGUAACGGAAAAGUCCACAAGUAUGGAAAGAGCACAACCGGCGAGAGGUGGGACUUGGUAGUCGACGAGGAGACAUACUACGAGGCGGAGCCCCAUUACGGAUGGGCCGAUGUCGUCGGAGACUCGACGCAGCUGCUGUCCAUACAGCCCGUGGAGAGGCCACCCGGCGUGUUCCCGGCCAUCGACUUCAGCUCCGCGCCGCCGCCGAAGGACGCUCCGCCGGGCAUGCCCCCUUCUCCUCUGGACUGAGUGAAUUAGGCCUGCCAGCACAGACGGAUUUUUCUGUCUAUAUAGGCUCCAGAUUUUGCCUGUAAGGGAACAGCAUUCUUUGUAGGAAGUUGACGGAACCCCGUUCCUGCGUUCAUUGGUUGGCUCAUUCUUUGCUACGCAUUCCUUUCCUCUGGCUGGGAUAUAUAUAUAUUUUGCUUGGGAACUGGGUGGAUGCAAUAAUCAAACGGCGCCCGUGGUUGUGUGUGUUGCCCCUGUCCCCCUAUGUGCUUGCAACUUGGUCUGAAGGCAGUGUGGUCUGGGCAAAGCUUUCCACAGCACGAACGAACGCGCUUGAGCUCAGUGCGCGUCCGCGUGAUGUCUACAAGUCCACCUCGGGUCGUUGGAAACUCUGGCCAUUUUCCUCGCGUCCAAGGUCUAGCCAACCUGUCCGGGUCGCCGGUCGACGCCCCAGGCCAGGGCCAGGCCAUCACCGAUAGAUACACACCCAUCAGAACCCGGAACUAGUGCGACUAGGCCACUCGAUCCACCACAAACUCGUCGCAUUUUCCCUGCCGGGGCUCCACAUGAAUGAUUUUUUUGCAGUCCCUCCAUUUUUCAUUCAUACGGAGGGGGUCCACACUGCGAGCAUUUAAGCCCAUUCGCGUCCCGUCCCGUCAAACAAGCACUCAAACCUCCCUCCCAAGCCCUCUUUUUUCCCUCGCCGCGGCGCAGGCAGAGCAGAGGCACUAGCAUGUCGCCGUUCGCCGCCCGCGUGGCCUCCUUGGCCGCGCUGCUGCUCGCCCUCCUGCUCGCGGCGCCGGCCUCGGCCGCCAACUUCACCUGCGCCACAGUGGGCAAAACGUGCCAGUCGGCGAUCGGGUACGCGGUGCCCAACGCGACCACGUACGGGGAGCUGGUGGCGCGGUUCAACGCCACCACGACGCUGGCGGAGCUGCUGGGCGCCAACGGCCUCCCCGCCACGACGCCGGCCUCGACGCCGCUGGCGGCCAAGGCCACGGUGCGCGUGCCGUUCCGGUGCCGGUGCGGGAGCAACGGCGUGGGGCAGUCGGACGGGGGACCCUUCUACGUGGUGUACCCGCUGGACGGGCUGGACCACAUCGCGCGGGAGGUGUUCGGCGGCUUCGUCACCUACCAGGAGAUCGCCACCGCCAACAACAUCACCAACGUCAACCUCAUCGUCGUCGGGCAGAAGCUCAGGAUCCCGCUGCCCUGCACCUGCGACCAGGUGGACGGCGCCGACGUCAUGCACUUCGCCUACAGCGUCGCCAAGGGGGACGACCCGCCCGGCAUCGCCGCCAGGUUCGGGGUCACCGAGACCACGCUGCUGAGUGUGAAUAAGAUCACCGACCCCAAGACCAGCCUGCAGCAGGGGCAGAUCCUGGAUGUCCCCCUCCCUGUGUGCAAGUCAUCGGUCGGCAACGCCUCGGCUGACUACAACCUGCUCGUCCCGAACGGCACCUACGUGCUCACCGCCGACGACUGCAUCCAGUGCAGCUGCAGCGCGAGCAACUACGAGCAUCUAGACUGCACUCCGGUGAAAGGCGGAAGGUGCCCGGCGGUGCCGCCGUGCAGUGGAGGCCUGACGCUCGGGCAGGUCAACGGCACCGGUUGCGCGUCCAGGAUGUGCGCUUACAGCGGUUAUACCAACACCACGUCCCUCACCAUACAUACCAGCCUUGUGCCUGCAAAUGAGACUGCGUGCCAGAACGGAGGAGCUGCGAGAGCGGAGUUUGCCGGGUCCGUGUUGAGGACGUCUCUCAUCGCCUUCCUCAUGUCGCUGAUCCUCAUCUGCUUGCUAUAGACGUUAGAACAGUAGAUGGUGUAUUAUAUGCCACUGUGAGAUACUCAGAUUGCUGUUGUGGUCUAUUCAUUGGCGAUUGGUCUAGCUGUUUGAAUAAAGCAAACAUUAAAGUUUGCAUCUGUGAGUGAAUACGUAUUUAUUAGAAUUGGGAUGAUCCAAUAAAGCAUUCCAUGAAUGGCCAAGUCCUGCAAUACUAUUUCACCGUA